AUGAUUGAUUGUUCAUCAUCUCCAACAGGACAACAAGAAGUAAUUAAUAGUAUUGAACCUGGAGAAAAGAUUAAUGACUCGACGGGAGAAAUUCAGAAUGCAAACUCAUCAUCACUUGUGGAAAUAUUAACUUCAUCAUCUGUUCAUUCGGAGGAGCCUUUGGAAAUUAGUAGUGUGGAAGAAGUUGAAACCAUACUUGUUCAACCUACACAAAUUGAGGAUGUAGGACCAAUAGAUCCAACAAUUUUGGCCCAACACAGUCACCAAUAUCCUCAUCAAAGCUCAACUUUUAAAGGUUUCAAGGCAAGUGAAUUUCAAAAAGCGGUUCUCGACCACUGCGAUAAAGUUAGAGGAAUACUCAAACAUAGUACUGGUUUGAUAGUUUUAGCCACAGGAUUAGGUAAAACUAUUCUUGUUAUUUUAGAUAUUGAACGAGAACUCACAAGGUUGAAGGAUACUAACGACUUUAAAUCCUUUAAAUUACUAUUUCUUGUACACUCAAAGGUAAUUAGAGAUGGCACCUACCAAAAAUUCAAAACUCAAUUUUGUACGGAUUUAGAAAGUGAAUGGGAUUUUACUGACUCUGAUUUUCUAAAUAUCACAGAGAAUGAGACACAAAAGACUAUUGAUUCAAAGAUGAAAAGGGCAAAAUUUAUAUUUUGUUUAUUUCAAUCAUUCGAUAAGAUUUCAUCAAUCAAAUGUACCCAUUGUGUAAUUGAUGAGGUACACCACGUUGUUGCCCAAACAUAUAAUAAGGUCUUUACACAACUAUCCAAUUUACCAUCUAAUCGUUAUAUGCUAGGCAUGACUGCAACUCUCAUUCACAGAGAUGAUCCAACUGGUGAGAAUUUGAAAAAAUUAUUUAAGGAUAUUGUCUAUGUUGAUUUGCCUUGGAGAUUAGCUAAUAAUCUUGGAUUUUUCCCACCAGUCGAAUAUCUAGAAUAUUUGCCAUCAACAAUCAACUCGUCUUUGGACAUUUUAACUUACCAACAAAUAUUUAAAGAAGCUUUUGAUAUUUACAACAAUCCAAAGAGACAACUUCCAAACUUUAUUAACAAACUUGAGAAAUCCCUCAUUCAAUUAGGAAUGAACACUGACGAGCAAGUGAAGAAAAAACUGACACCAGAAAGUGUAACCAACGUUCUCUUUCAAUUCUUGCAGGAACAAGUGAAUGCAGGACUUGCCGCCAAGAAAAAAAUCAUAAUUAUACUUGAGGAUUUUGAAACAGGAAAGUUGAAUGUUUUAGUGAAUGUAAUGAUGGUUAGUGAAGGUUAUGACGUAAAAGACGUGGAUUGUUUGGUUUUGGCAAGACAAACCGAAUCUGAAAUUGUUUUCUUACAACAACUAGGAAGAGCACUCAGAAGAAGUACAAACAAGACUGUAAUUGUUAUUGACCUAGCAUUGAAUCUUAGAAAAAGAUGGAAACGACUCUUUAAUGAUGAAUUCCAAAAUGAAGAGGAGCUUAAAAGGAUGAUCACCGAGUUUUGGCAAGGUAUGUAUGAUUCUGAUGUCAUCUCUAACCAAUUAAAUUCAGUCGAAAACUUUAUUGGAAAUCCAAGCUCCCUUAUACAAUAG